AUGCCACUUGCCUCAAAUGAAUUUAAGUGAGUGAGCCAGUGGGAAGUAAUUAAGCUCUAUAUUGGUGGGUGGAGUGUUACUUCUGGGUACCCCUCAUCAUUCCUCUAUAAAAUGGUGAAGCCAGUUGCUAUUGUUACCAUAAGAGCCAGCUCCAACUUUCUUUAAUUUCUUGCUUCAUAUCCACUAGCUACAUCUGUUGCCGAGUUAAUUUCAGUCCUAAUGGGUUUUCAUCUCCCACUCAUCUUUGCUCUUCUCAGUCUAGCAGCAGUGGCACUGGCAAACCAUGCUGCUCAACCAGCACCUCAACUUUACUGGAACUCCGUCCUGCCAAACACACAGAUGCCAAGAGCUAUCAGUGAACUUCUGCAUCCUGACCCCACAAAGCCAAUUGACCACAAGGGCAAACCUGAAAAUACUGUACUACCAGAGCUACGAGUCCCAUUUUUUUACAGGGUAUAUGAUCAUCCCACUGAUAAUCAACUCCAUUAUAAAAACGUAGCUAUUUUCUUCUUGGAGAAGGACAUGCGCUCUGGCACAACAAUGAACUUCCAAUUCCCUAGAAAUUCAAACACGGCUACUUUCCUGCCACGAGAAAGCGCUCAAUCGAUCCCCUUCUCCUCUAACAAACUACCAGAAAUUUUCAACCAUUUUUCAGUGAAGCCAACGUCUGUGGAAGCCAAAACAAUUAAGAAAACAAUCGAAGAGUGUGAAGCUCCAGGCAUUAAGGGAGAGGAAAUAUAUUGCGCCACAUCCUUAGAAUCAAUGGUUGAUUUUAGCACUUCGAAGCUUAGAACAAGAAACGUUCAAGCAAUCUCGACGGAAGUAUUGGAAAAAGGAGCCACCAUGUCCAUCCACAAGUAUACAACAAUGCCGGGACUGAAGAAGCUGGCAGGUGACAAAGUCGUUGUGUGUCAUAAGCAGAACUAUCCUUAUGCUGUGUUUUACUGCCAUGCAAUAAAACCAACAGCAGCUUAUGUUCUCUCCCUGAAAGGCGACGACGGGGUGAAGGUUAAAGCAGUAGCCAUCUGCCAUCUAGACACAUCAGAAUGGAACCCAAAGCAUUUGGCCUUCCAAAUCCUCAAAGUUAAGCCCGGAACCAUUCCCAUCUGCCAUUUCCUUCCCAUUGAUCAUAUUGUCUGGGUUCCGAACCACAAAACUGCAUGAUCAUCACUUAGAACCGUACGUACAAUAAGCUUGCAACCCUGUAUAAUUAUCUCCCUACUUAUUUCUCUCUCUUCAUGUGGUGUAAGAUAUAUGAUGAGAUGAAGUUUUUGGGAUUAGUGGUCGGGUUGCCUAAAAAACGCAGAUUACAGAAACUGGUUGAAAUUAACCCGAUCAUGUUUUCUCUUGUAACUAUAUAGACUUCAACUUGUACUCAUAAAGCAUGCUAUAU